UAUAACGGCAUAUGAGUUCACUCAGUUCAGUUCAGUAUUCUUUGCGAUUGCGAUACGAUAGACACGAGAACUCAGGCCAUGAUCGAAUUGUGAUUGUGAACGGGUUGAGUCCUAUUUGUAUACUGUGUGAACGAAAAGUGUUGUUAGACUUAAUCACCAAAUUUAUGAUCUGAGUACCGUUACGAACAAGAAAAAAUUUCAUUAACCAGGCCAAUACAGCAGGAUUAAAUAUGUACCAAUAUAUCGUUUUAUUAAUAAUUUUAACUUCAGUACGGACUUUUGCCGAUGAUAUGAGUCCGGAGGGUUAUAAUAGUACAGAAGAAUAUAGUAUUUGGACCAAUUUUAUUAAUGAAACUAAGUCAUUUUUGAUUGAAGCUACGAAUGGUUUAGGAGAUGUGAUAGAUCACAGCGACGAUGUGAAGCCUUUGACGUUUGUGAAAUUUAUUAUUAUAGAAAACAGUACAGACAUUCCUGAAAUGACUACUACACAGGCUACAACUGUAGUAGAAUAUAUUAACAACCAUAAUAUAGAUACUCAAGAUAGUAACAACGAUUUGUAUGAAAAUGACUUAGGUGAUAUUAUUAAUAAUGAAGUAGAUAGUGUGCAGAAAAACAACAAACCCUCAACUACUAAGCCAACAGAAGUUUUAAACCAAAACCUUCCUGCUACUAACACCACUCAAGUGACCUUAUCAGAUGCUUGGGAUAAGUUUGUCGAGAAAGUUAAACUUUUUAUGCUGACCAGAGACCUAGAAAUUUUUUUGCCCGAUGUUAGCUUCCUAACUGGUAAAAUUUUGAGGAUUUCUUUGAAGAAUUUUGUUAAGAAUGGGGAUAUGAUUGAGAUGAACUUAACUUUGAAGAAUGAGACGGUUAAUGUGACGGAUAAAAUUGAUCAAGAGUUAAAGGAAGGGCUACAGAGUAGUACUCCGGCGCAAAGAAACAUUACAUUCUUAAUGACGAUCAUAUACUUUUUUAACAUCAUAUACGUAUUAGUAACAAAACUCUUUGGAUGGUUAACAUUAAUUCCAGCAAUGUUCUAUGGAUUAUUUGAGUUGCUAUUUGUGAAUCCAAUUUUAAGAAUGGCACAAAGGCUUUUCAAUUUCGUGUUGUAUUUACAUUACCUCUCUAUCAACGGAACGACUGUCGUUAGGCAAUAGACUGAUUAUAAUGAUGUAUUAUUUUUGCACUUUCAAAAAAUUUAAAAGAUAGUGUAAUCUGUUAUAAAUGCAGGUGUAAAUUAUUUAAAAAUGCAGAAUAUGUAAAAUAUGCAAAAGAGUAUGCAAAAUAUGUAAAACGUACAAAAUAGUAUGCAAAACUGUGUACAAUAUGCAUAAAAAUAUGCAAAAUAUGUAAAAUGUACAAAAUAGUAUGCAAACUGAGUAAAAAAAUGCACAAUAAUAGGCAAAUUAACAAAAUUUAGAAAAUGUUCGUCCUACCAGCGAUAAUAUGAGUCGAUACCAUUGACUCUUCCCAAAACAAAUUCCAAGCAUCUACACACGUUUUAAAAUUUUCAAAAUAGGUAAAAAAUAUAAAGAGAAAAUGAGCAGAAGAAUUUUACAAAGACCCAAUGAAUGAUCAUCCUGCUAAUUCAUGUUUUAUAGGUGUUAUUGUGCAUCAUAGUCCAAUAGUUUGAUUUAGAGCAAUUCGAAGUUUUGGAUCCGAAAAUCUAAGACUUGUACUAGAACCAAGUUCGGGUGACAACCCAAAUUCAUGCCUUCUAAAAUUUGCAAGGCAAAAGAACGACAAACAAGAAGAAGACUAGGGGGAUCUAAGAUUGCAUUAAGAACUAGUCUAUUUAUCUAUGUAAAAUUUCAUCGAGUCUUGGUUUCCCUGUUCUCAGAUAUGUAGGAGCAAAACUAAUAGAAAAUGAAAUACAGUUAAUAUUUUAUUUUAUUUUAGAGGUAGAUCAUCAUCCUCUUAUGUGCAUUUCACUCUUUUGAAAGAGGCCUAUGAUCUGCUCUAAAGGGUUUAUUAUUAUCAAAGAGUAAUUGCUUAAUGAAUUGCCGGCUACGUACAAAAUACAAAUAAUUAUGACCACAUAGAGUCAAAUCUAUUGAACACGUGCAAGAAUAUGGGACAAUAAAAUUGGAGAAGAUGUUAUUAAAUUGUUUCUUUCAUUGCAUGAUUAUAUGCGCCUUGAUGUUGUUUGUCGAUGCAUGAUGAUUUGGGUGUGGUGUUUUAUAGCAGAAUAAUUGACUGUGGUGUGCCAAAAUUUUAUGGUAAAGAAUAAUAAUACACUCUCUUUAACAUGAACCGUAAAUUUAUUAAAAACAUUCCAAGUUUAAAAUACUUUAGACGCGUUUCGACCCAACAUGAACGAGACAUCAUCAGCAACUACAGGUAACAAACAAACCUACAAUACAUUGUUUUUAUUAAAACAAGGGAAUAAUGGACUGCAGGUUUGCUGUUACCUGUAGUUGCUGAUGAUGGUUCCUGUUGGGCCGAAAUUCUUCCAAGGUAUCUUAACCUUGUAAUGUUUUUAAUAUUAAUAAUAAUCGAUUUGUGGUUCAUCUUUGAGAGAGUGUAUUAUUACCUCUAGACUACACAUAUGACGUAUGGAUACUGGAUGCAUCUUUUCCUAGUUUAUAUAAAAAUUUUAUAGUUAUUAUGUUGCUAUUAGCAUGUUUUUGCAUGUUAUGUUUGGUCAAUUUACACUUACAGGUUUACUUUUCAAAAGAUCAUCAGAAUUCGAUGACACAGCUAUUACAGUUAAAAUUUUUGAAAGUGAAGAAAAAACAUUUUAAAUGAAUAACUUUUGUAGCAUAAGAAAUUAUUUUCCACAUUCAUUUUGGGAAAUAUUGAUGCUAUAGGUUUAUUCCAUAUUACUUAAAAUAAAUUUAGAAUUUAAAUGAUAGUAUAAUAUAGCAUCUUAGAGUAUAUGAAUUAACCAAAACUAAUCAAAAUUAUGUACAUAAGGAUGUGGUAAUAUACAAUGUCGGAUAACUCUGAUGUAUGGUACGUGAAGAGGAAGAAUAUACAAUGAAUCAAUAAUCCCCGGAAUGAAGAAAAAAAAAGAAAAGUCUUUUUGUAUAUUAUUUUUAUAGCUUGGUAGCAGUUUUGGCUAUUCCAAGAUCCUUUUCUUUUAACUCGCAAAAACCAAAUUCUUCGUCCAAUUUUUCUACUUUCUUUAUUAUUACCUUUCUUAUGGAUAUCUAAAGUUUCUUUUUGUGAUUCUUUUUUUAUUGUAUCAAGUACUGUCCAAAAAUAUCAGCGUCAAUUAUUAAGUUAAAAAGAAUGAAAUUUUGGAAAUAGUGGUCAAUUCUUGGUUCUUCGCUAUUUUCUUUGUUUCAUUGAUUUUGUUAAAAAAAACAACUCGUUCUUUCAUUAAUUCAUUAAUUAAUUUUUGAGUGAAGACGAAGACCAGAUUUUCAGUAAAUCAUCACAGAGGCAAACAAAGCAAAUUUACAAAGAGGUUAUAUUAUUUUGUAGUUACUUGAACUGUUAUUUUCAACUCUAAGAUGCUAUGUAAUACUAUCACAGGAUACAAUAGACUGAAUAAAAUAAUAAUUUAUACUAGUACUAGGAAAUAAUUGGACUAGAAACAUUUAUAUGGGCUAUUUUCUAUGUAGUCAGUAUAUUUAACGGUUGAGUAAAUAAAAUAACAAAAAAAAAA